AUGGCGCGCAGCUACCUGGGCCUCCAAGGCCAGAAGCUCCAGCUUGCGAUUAGUAUUAUCGCCGGCAUGGAUUUUCUGCUGUUUGGUUACGAUCAGGGUGUCACCGGUGGUCUCUUGACUCUUGAAUCCUUCAUCAAAUACUUCCCUACGAUUGCCACCAACGGUUCCUACUACGAGAGCUUGGACAAGGCCGCUCAAAGCACCCAGUCCACCCGUCAGGGAAUUGUCGUCGCUGCUUACAAUCUCGGAUGUUUCGCUGGUUCCAUCCCAACCAUUUGGGUUGGAAACUGGCUUGGCCGUCGCAAGACCAUCUUCCUCGGAUCAUUCAUCAUGGUUAUUGGCGCUCUCCUCCAGUGCACGUCCUAUGAUCUGGCUCAAUUCAUUAUCGGACGUCUAGUCACUGGUUUCGGAAACGGCAUGAACACAUCCACCGUCCCCACCUGGCAGUCCGAAUGCUGCAAAGCGAACAAGCGCGGGCAACUGGUCAUGAUUGAAGGAGCGAUGAUUACUUGCGGUAUCACAAUCAGCUACUGGAUUGACUAUGGCCUCCUCUUUGCCGAUCCCAGCGAAGUCGCCUGGCGUUUCCCUCUCGCGUUCCAAAUCUUCUUCGCUCUCAUAAUUCUCGCCUUUGUCAUGUUCCUCCCCGAGUCUCCCCGCUGGCUUGUACUCAAGGGCCGCGAAGAUGAAGCGCGCGAAGUUCUCGGAGCGCUUGUCGGCGACGGAAGCGACCCCAGCUUCAUCCAGACCGAGUUCACCGCAAUCAAAGCCACCGUGCUUGAAAUGGCUUCUGGCUCCUUCAAGGAUAUGUUCACCUUCACCGAAGACCGCCAUUUCCACCGCACUGUCCUUGCCUACGUCAACCAGAUGUUCCAGCAGAUCUCCGGUAUCAACCUGAUCACUUACUACAUCCCUGUCGUCCUCGAGAACCAGCUCGGAAUGAACCUGCAGAACUCCCGUCUCAUCGCCGCCUGCAACGGAACCGAGUACUUCCUCGCCUCCUGGAUUGCCGUCUUCACCGUCGAAAAAUUCGGCCGCCGCACGCUGAUGCUCUUUGGCGCCGCCGGAAUGUCCAUCUCAAUGGCCAUUCUCGCCGGUACCGCCAGCGCCGGCACGAAUUCCGCUAACAUAGCCUGCAUCGUGUUCCUCUUCGUCUUCAACACGUUCUUCGCAAUCGGCUGGCUCGGCAUGACCUGGCUGUACCCCGCCGAAAUCGUACCUUUGAAGAUCCGCGCCCCCGCCAACGCGCUCGCCACGUCCUCAAAUUGGAUCUUCAACUUCCUCGUCGUAAUGAUCACCCCCGUUGCAUUCGACAACAUCGGCUACCAGACCUACAUUAUCUUUGCCGUCAUCAACGCCUUCAUCUUCCCGGUAACCUACUUCUUCUACCCCGAGACCGCCUACCGCUCGCUGGAAGAAAUGGACCGCAUCUUCCGCAAGACCAAGAGCGUCUUCUCGCUCGUCCGCACCGCGAAAGAGGAACCGCACAUGUACGGCAAGCACGGCGAGCUCAUGCGUCAGCCCGGCGACGUCGAAGACGAUGCGUUCAACCGCGCGAGUAUUCUUCAGCACCACUCCAAGGCAGACCGGAUGUCGACUGAUGACACGAGUACCGAGAAGGUGGAGAAGGUGGAGCACUUGCAUUAA